AUGAACGUGCCGGACAUUGCCGCCCUCUCGCUGGCGGACACCGGCGCGGGGCCGCCGCUUGUCCCGGACGACAUCGCCAGCUCGGGCGACAAGUACCUGCAGAAGCUCAAGUCUUAUGCGGAAUGUCUUCCCUACUCGAUAGAGCCCAACUCGCGCAUGCAGUCCAUGCUCGACCUCAUAUGCACGCGUAUAGUGCAGACCGUCGGAGCUAAGGACUACGACCCCGGAUUCCUGCAGUGGGACAGCAUGCUCACAUACUGGUCGUACCUGCGCUAUCCCAUCCCGAAAGAGAAGCGUAUACUCCUCGUCAAGCUCUACUUCCAUCUAUGCACGACCCCCGGAGUACCCCUACAUAUCAUCGCCGCUUGCUCGGAUGCCCUCGACACCCUCACGCGCUCGCGGAAGAAACUCUCCGUACAUGACCUACGGCUACCGUGGCAACCAUUGUACCAAGCGUUGCGCAGCGACCUCUUUCUAACAAGACGUCAAUUCGAAGUGAGCCAAAUGACAUACUACAUGGGCCAUAUUGCCUCUGCGGUAUCCAGGUUUUUUCAUCCGGCGGCGAUCGACGAGAUGCUAUACACAUUCCUACCGCUCAUGAACGGAACUGAGCUUGAUAGUUUGCUAUCGUCGCAAUACUACAUGCUAACGUUCUUACCGCAAAGCCACCCGCAGUCAUACAUGCCUAUGCUGUUUCGCGUGUGGGAGUCCGUCAACUCCUACAUGUUUGAUGACCGCAUGUUGCAGUUUCUUGCGAAACUCACGGAGUUACACCUUGAUCCUUCUAUCAGCGACCCGAAGAAGAUCAAGGAGACUGAAGACGAUGAGCUAUCCCCCGGUGAAGGCCGCCCGCAGUGGCCGAGGGACGACCUCAAAGAACCUAACCAUUGGACGGGCAUCUUCAGCGACGUGGGCAUCUUCUCUGAGCAUGAUUGGCAUCUCAUCAUGUGCAAAUGUUUGGCCUCAAUGGAGAUACCACUCGCAGACUCCGGUUCGCUCACAACGGGCCCAUCAGCAGACAAUCAAGCCGGGUUCGAGCUAGGCAGACUACCAAAGGCCACAUGGCGAAUCUUAUCCUUAGCGAGAAUCCUGGUUAACUCUAUGGCACCAGACAGCCUUCCGUCCGCACCGUCCGCGAACCCGACUCCAUUCAACAUGACACCAAUGGCGUCCGGCAUGAGUACCCCUCGAGUCAUGACCCCCAUAUCUGGUGGACCAACCUCGAUUGGCGACUAUCUGACGGCGCAUUUGAAUAAAACAGCUUUCGCGGGGCUUAGAACGUACAUAGGAGGAUCGAAGGCACUGGACUCGCUCAUCAAGCUUAUCGCGUCGACUGAGAGCUUCUUUCACCCGUCCAAUUCGGGUGCUUGGACGUCAGAUCUGACUGCUUUCAUCAAAUACAUAGCGUACGAGUUCAAUAAGCGCUGGCACGCCGAGCAGCAGCCAGAUUGCAAGACGCCUUUGCACCGCCGUCUGACGAAGCAUAUGAAGCGCGAGCUUGUGCAGUGCCUGCGUACGGUAGCGCUACUAUCGAUGUUUUCAGAAGAUUCGAACACCGUCAGUAACAUCUCGAGCUGUCUGAAGUGGAUGAGCCUUAUGGAGCCGGAUCUCAUUUUGUAUCCAAUCCUCGAGCGGGCCGUACCUGCUUUGGAGAACCUGACAGAGACGCAACGUACGUUAGCGGUCAUCAAAGCCCUUGGGGCUAUCGCGCCUACGCUCGUCUCAAGAGACGUAUUCUAUCCCGGCGCCAAGCAUCUUGUACCGAUCCUGCAGCUACUCAUUCCGGGUAUUGAUCUGAAUGAUCCGGGCAAGACGCUUUGCACGACAACUUUUCUCAUCGAGGUAUCACAGUACAUCAAGUUCGGCGAUCUUACGGCUUUGCCCUCGACGGACGACAUCCAUGGUGACCUGACGCAUCGCCCGACUGAUGUGCCUGCCUCCAAAUCGAAUGGGUACUCAAACGGCGAUGGACAAUACACAGACAGCCUUGCGGUGUCCCGGGUUGGAACGCCAACCCUCGCAACAACGGGAAAGUCGACACAGCCGCAUGGCAGAGGUCGCCGCCCGACUUUAGCUGGGACGAUCAUGCCGUCGCAGUUCCUCCUUUAUCCUAGCGAUGCUGGUGGCGACACCCAUACCCCGGAAAGCGAAGAGCCUCAACUUUCUGCGCGGGAGGAAGAUGCGCUUCUGCGGGAUGCGACAGGUGGCUUUACAGACUGGAUCGCAAGCUUCAUUCGUCGAGUCAUCCUACUCUUUGAUAACUUGCCAGAAGAGUCUGGUGGGAGCUCCGAAGUGCAAAUGGUGGAUUCGGUGACGAACGCCUGUAGCCAGAUAUGUGCACAUCUAUCAGAGCCGUUGUUCGACCUCGUCCUCGAUAUGGUUUUCGACUUCGCCAGUACGAAUGUGCGGCCGAACGCUGUGCGAGCUGUCCAUCAGCUCGUUGAAUGCGUCGCCAACGCACAUCCGUCCAAGACUCUCAAGAAGUUCUUCCCCUUUUGCGUGCGGAACAUACGCAUAGAGCUCGAAAGCGGAGCAAGCUCUGUCCGCACGACGAGCUCGCAGUCGACACCUAUGCCGGCUGACGCAACGUUUCACUGGAACUUGGCCAUCUUGCGAGGUGCUGUUUUCAACGACGGCAAGGCCGUUUUGAAGUACAAAGACGAGAUCAUUGCGCUCCUACAACUUCUGCGCCGAAAGACGUUUGCGCAGCGUGGAUACUCGUGGGGCGGUCGAUUCCUGUCGAGUCUCAUGCUUACCCUCACGCAUACGUACCCACUCGAGGAUCGAUUCAUGAACCCCGAGGAAUGGCUUAGCGAGGAUUUCCGCCGCAACCAUCACAGAUUCUGGGGCAAGCUGUAUACACAGGACGAGAUCAAGGUUUCAUGGCACGUCCCCGACGACGCCGAGCUUGAUUUCGCCAUUGAGAUCUUCAAGCAAGUCGUUGAGUCUGCAAUGAACGAUCUCGAAGGACUGCUGCGACCUGGCGUGACGCGCGACAGUGUUUGGCGGAACGACUUCUGCCGAUACCUGUCCUAUGUGCGCAACGCAUUUGCGGGAACGCCGACAAUUGUGCGCGAGCAUAUCUCAAGAGAGGAGCAGGCGUACACCACCGAGAGCACCGACAUCUUGCACGAAGUCGCUGAGAUGAUUGCAGGCAUCGAGCCUCUUAACGCCGGUUUCGCCAUCAACGACCCCCAAGAUCCGCGUGCGGUCUACUAUACUGGUCUGCGCCGACGCUUCGGAACGUUCCUGCAUGACGCGAGUGUCUCGUUACGACAACAGGGCGAAGAGAACACCGUCGACGCCGUAUCAAUGUUGCUCCAGUCUAUAAGCACUUACAUGCUUAAUUACGGCGACAGCAAGGACAACUACUACUUGCUGAAGGAUCGGUAUAACUCGGAGCUCAACUAUGCGCUACAAUAUCCAGGUCAGAAAGCAUGGCCACGCUCGGUUUUCAUACGUCGCGCUCGGUUGUACAAUGCCGCACGGCUACGGUGGAGCUCGAUUGAGCGGAAGCGUGGACCUCUAGAAGAUUCGCUCAUCGACGACGUGGCCGAGUGGGCUCAAUGGACUUUUGCGACUGUCAGGAUAUCGAGUCAAAAUCUUCUCGAUUCUCUCAGCAGCUCUUAUGACGGCGUCCGGCGACGCGUUCUUCCUGUGCUAUACAAGAGCAUUGAGCCAGGAGUAGAAGAUGACCGGAUGAAGGGUGCGCUCUGGACCUUUAACUCGAGCACCUUCGUGAAGUACGCGAUGGGAGACCAUGCGCUAGCUCCGGACGCGCUUCGCAAGAUAUUUGCCUGUCAAGCGCACGAAAAACCGUCCAUACAAACAUGCGUUGCCGCUGUUGCCGAAAACGGCAUCAACUCGUUCGUCGAACCCAACUUCUUGGUGUACUCGCUCGACUACCCACCGCUUGAGCGUACACUCGCUCAGUUCCGUGCCCAUCUCGCCUUUGGACCGGAGGAUGAAAGACUCGAGCGAAAGGUCGCGGUUCGACGCGAGGAGCGCCUAAAGCUAUGGGAAGAGAGCGUGCGCAGCAGUCUGCAGGUUGUGUUGGAUGUCGCUAGCGCCAAGGCAACGCACUGGCGAUAUGCGAUCUUUGCGACCCGCUGUCUACGUACAAUGAUACGUAAGGAUGCACCCACCAGCGAACGGCAUGUUAAGUACUUCCUCGAGAAGGCUCAUGAUAGCCAACCGACACUUCGAUACUACUCGCAACGCGCUAUCAUGAAGGUUUCCCGGUACAUUAAGCUCAGGACGUUCGCGAUAUGCCCCGAAGACCUCGUCCUUGAACGGAACCGUGACCCGCUCAAGGGCCAGCUCGCGAUUGUGGAACCGGCGCUAGAGUUCACUGCUCGGUUCCUAGCUGAGUUCCGCAAGCCACUCGACCUGGAGGGCGUGGGCUCGAAGUUUGCGCUCGUCGAUCGCGCGACAUCGGGUUGGGUUGCAUGGGGACCAAAUAUCACCGCGUACCGCCUCGCCGACAGCACCGCGCCGUCGCUUGCACCAUGGUGCGCAGAUGCCACGUCUGCCCUGACGGCCGUGCGUGCUGCCGCUGAGAAUGAGAAGUUUUGGCGCGCGUUAAGCGUGCAUUAUGCCGCCGAAAACCACGCGGAUACUGUCACGUUGGACAACAUGGCUUGCGUGAAGAGUAUUGUCCAGCUACUCGAGGGAGAGCCGUUGAAGCCUCUGCGCGCGCUCAUCGAGGAGUUACUUGCCAAACAAGACCAAAAUAAGCAACGUGGCGGCGCUGAGCUACUCGCCGGUCUCCUCAGCGGGGCGAAGCAUUGGCCGCGCUCGAAGGCAGAUGAACUCUGGGGCUGGGCGCUGCCACUUAUCAAGACGGCUUUGGGCACCCAGAUCAAGACGGAUACGUUGCCCGUGUGGACGAGCUUUCUCGAGUACAUAUUCUUCCACAAAGACCCGCGGCGACCAGGGCGCCAGGAGCUCCUUGAUCACCUGCUAUCCGAGUUCAAGUCCACGGAUUACAAUGGCGAGUCCAGCUUACGCGCGGUGAAAGCGCUCGCGUUCUUCCGCGCGUUCUACGAGGAGCAAGGGUGGAAGUUCAAUGCCUGGGCGGACGACGCUGUGCAACGCGUAUGGAGCGAGAUGGCGAGCGAGCAUGACGAUGUUCGGGCGUACAUCAGCGACCUCUUGACGUUCACCGACAAGAUCAAGUGGGCUCCUACACCGAGCGCGCCCACGCCCGAGAUCUUCGUGCGCGAGUGCCGAACUCUGUCAGUGGACGUGGAUAUCAUGGGUUCCCGAGGCAUAUACCAUAUCGAGCGGAUACAGGAGCUUGCAGCCAAGUUCCCCGAGUGGCGCGUCGAACGGCCCAGUGGCGCGAGAGCUUUCCAAAGCCAAUACGACCGUGUCGGGGUCAGUGUCUGCAGGUGGUUAUUCCAGAUGGUGCACGGAACACACGCCGUUAGCGUCUUCGAUUAUAUCGUGCCGCUUAUGCCAGAGAUCUUUCGCUUCACCGAGCUGAACGAUAAUGACGAUCUUCGCAAGCGGGCAAAAGUGCUUCUAGUCCGGAUGUGUGGCGUGAAUCCACCGCGCGCGCUCGUCGGGCCCAUUCUCCAUGCCAUCUUCGAAGCGAUCCAAAAGUCGCCGUCGUGGCGUGUGCGCCUGCAAGCAUUGCCGCUCGUUCAGGUGUUCUACUUCCGUCAAGUACCGCUCAUCACCGAUGCACAGACGACCGAGAUCCUCGAAGUCCUCUGCAAAUGCUUGGACGACGAAGUAGUCGAAGUACGGGAAAUGGCCGCCACCACUCUCUCAGGCGUCCUCCGCCUCUCGCCGCGCCGCGCUCAACUCACACUGAAAGAGCGCUUCCUGCGUCUUCUACGCCGUUCUCCGCUUCCGCGACCGCCCCUGCGCGAUCCUCAUGCACUGCGUAGGAGACACGCGGCGAUCUUGGGCAUCUGCGCCUUGGUGGAGAGCUACCCGUACACAGUCGAGAGGUGGAUGCCCGAGCUACUCACGGGUGUGCUUGCAGAACACACGUUCGAUCCGAUCCCUGUUUCGAGUUCUGUAAGGAGGACCGCGGCGAGCUUCAAGAGGACCCAUUUCGACGUCUGGGCGGAGUGCGAGAAGCGGUUUACGGAGGAGCAACUCGGGCAACUGAGUACGCUACUGACAGGGUCGAGUUACUAUGCAUGA